AUGCUCGAGUACUACAUGGAGAGGGACUGCCAGCUGCAAAGUAUUGGCGGACUUCUCGACUCAAAGGGUUAUGGAAUCGCAGUUCCUAAAGGGUCACCACUUCGGGACAUACUGUCUCGAACGGUUCUACAACUGCAGGAACGGACUAUACUCGAGGCCCUAAAGAGCAAAUGGUGGCGCGAUAUGAGAGAAGGUCCAUCCUGUUCUCCGCAAUCAGAGAAGUCUCGGGCGUCUCCUCCUCAAAGUGUUUUU